AUGGAUCCAUCCACGUAUACGGAUCCCCAGCUUACCUACCAGGAUAAAUUGGUGAUCAAUGCUAUCGUUGAACCGACUCCCAGCUCCGAUGGCAAUACCACCGCCAAGCCUUUGGAAGACAAGCUGAGCGCCGAAGAGACAGUCCAAAGACUUGAGAAUCUCAAUGAUCCAUCUCAUGUGGAAUUCGAUCCUACCGUCUCCCAAUUUUGGGAUACCCCUUUGCUGCGGGCCAAACUACCCGCCUCUAUCCAGAAGUAUGUGCUGACACCAUAUAUCAACUGGGCAAAAGGUAUCGUGCGUUUCCAGACCGACGUGGUCAUGGUUACACACCUCAUUCUCUAUUUCACCACCAUUGUCCCUAGUGGUGCACUUUUGUAUUACCGUUUCUCUUACCUCCACGGUGUCCUGCACUGGCUCAUGCAAUUGUUUUAUUGUGGUGCUUUUACCCUGAUGAAGCAUCAGCACAUCCAUAUGAAUGGAGUGCUUACAUCAAGACUUUACUGGAUCGAUACACUUUUCCCCUACCUUUUGGACCCGAUGCACGGCCAUACAUGGAACUCAUACUUCUACCACCACAUCAAGCACCAUCACGUUGAGGGCAAUGGUGGAGAUGAUCUGAGCACAACGAUGUAUUAUGACCGCGAUAGCGUUCCCGACUUCCUUUGCUAUGUUGGCCGUUUUAUCUUCUUUGUCUGGUUGGAACUACCCAUGUACUUUUGGAGAAAAGGACAGUACAAAUAUGCUGCUAAAUGCGCGUUUUGGGAGAUCGGCAACUAUGUUGCCCUUUAUAUGAUGUACAAUUAUGUCAAUGCCCGAGCUACCACGUUCGUGUUUAUUCUUCCGCUUACCGUCAUGCGCUUGGGCUUGAUGGUCGGCAACUGGGGACAACAUGCUUUUGUGGACCCGGCCGACCCUGACUCGGAUUAUCUGUCGAGUAUAACCUUGAUUGAUGUUCCGAGUAAUCGAUUUUCAUUCAAUGAUGGAUACCACACUUCUCAUCACCUCAACCCACGUCGCCACUGGAGAGACCACCCCGUUGCCUUCCUCAAGCAAAAGGAUCGAUACGCCAAAGAAGACGCUCUGGUUUUCCGGAACGUUGAUUAUAUCUUCAUCACCGUGAACCUACUUCGGAAGAACUACGAGUAUUUGGCUAAAUGCUUGAUUCCCAUCGGUGAUCAAGUUAAUUGGACUAUGGAAGAACGAGUGGAGAUGCUCCGCCGUCGGACGCGAAAAUUCCCCAAGCCGUCUUCGAAGAAAACUGAAUGA